ACCCCAAAUGGCUCAAGGAAGCGACCCCAUAAGAAAGGAUGGUUCGGUAUUUUCAAGCGUCGACCUACUGCAGGUGAACUGCGAACUUGAAUGGGACCCAGCGUGAUACUGUUUGGUCAUGGCGUGAAUGGCGUCGACUUCCUACUAGUACAUAUGCCUUCUUUCUAUGGCGUGACUCUAGAGCUCUCAAAGCCUGAAUUACUUCACUUAUCAUACACCCAGCAUACACCUCAUCAAGUUUCGCGCUAUCUUUGUUAUGCUUGCUUUGAACAACCCCUCUUUGAUCUGUGUGUGACAUCCAUGUGACAAUAUGUUAUGAAACCUUUCUUGUCAACGUCCAUAUUUAGAGAACGACGUUGGACGCGACUCCCUACUUUACAAAAAAUCCGUCUUAUCAGUAAGGCUGCGGAAAUUUACCAACAUAAUUCUCCCUCGAAACCAGUUUUCUCGUUCGAAGAUGCUGGCCUUCGACCACCUCUAGCUCAAGCAGUCUAUACUGCUUUCCCCAAUGUCAAAUCACCGACUGAAAUACAAUCUACGUUAAUAUCCAGUGUAUUGGAAGGAAAAGAUAUAAUACUGCAGGAUGAAACUGGGUCCGGGAAGUCUUUUGGGCUAAUUUUGGCACUUUUAAACAAACCUCGUAUGAUUUUCACGGAUGACCCGAGUGCGGAUCGAGCUAGCGAUAGGCCUGCUAUAACCUCUCUUGUACUGGUACCUCAUCGCGACCUAGCUUUCCAAAUGAUGCAUUGGAUUGAUUUAAUCGCCCAAGCCUCGUCUGACAACCCCCCUUCCCUCGCAUCUAUCGCUCAAGUUCUUGUACGUGAAGGACGCCGUCAUAUAACUGAAGGUCUCCCGCUCAUACGAAAUGAACCACCCCAUGUCCUGAUCGCCACUCCCGCUAGUGUGGUUGAGGUCUUACGGGAGGACCCAAACGCAUUUCGUCUCACGGAACUGUCGACGGUCGUCCUAGACGAGGUUGAUUACAUGAUAGAAACUCUUCCUCUCAAUAACAACCCCAGCAAGCAACAUAUUCAGAAGAUGAACAAACUCCAAAUGCAUCCCGGACCUGCUCGAGCUCUCCUAGAUGAAAUUUAUGAGGCUCGGGUGAAAUUGAACGCAAAAACUCGGCAAGCAUUAGGGGAUGCGCCAUAUCACAGCCCACAGCUUAUAUUAUCCAGUGCCACGAUUCGAAGGCAGUUGAAGCACUACUUCUUCUCAGAGAAACAGCUCCUGAACAGAGACGUAGUCAAAAUAAGGCGUUCUGUUAUGCGGUUGCAUGGACAAGAUGAACUCGCGACAGAUGAGCAUGCCAUCCAUUCUGUGAUUUCUCAUCAUGUUGUUGUUGCUUCAGAGAAUGGUAUCACAAACAUUCCUUCUGCUGUUAGCGCCGAGGAAAAGCAUACUCAUCCGUUCAGAUUCGAGGAGGCGAAUAACGGACCUUCGAACGCAGUGUCUUCUUCGUCCUUCGACCGGACAGUAGAUUCAACUGCCGCGGCGAGUAGAUCAAUUGAAUUUGCAAUGACACCUUCGCCGUUGAAUCAAAACCUUCUGGAGGCCGUUGCCGCUGUGUUCGCACUCGACGUACCCUCUGUUGCGCUUCUAGUCAUCCCGCCCAAUGCGUCAGUCCACCGAGCAGUCUAUGACCUGCGCGAGAUUGGAGUCAACGCGUUUGGGAUGGAUGUUCUGGUGCAAGACCGAGGUCGAUCCUAUCUUUUGCAGGCUGGCGGGGAGAAGAAGGCUGAUCCCAAGUUGCUCGUUUGCACCACUUCGUCAAUCAGAGGCAUUGAUUUUCCAUCAUUGACUCACGUCUUCAUCCUGGGAUUCAACGCGUUAAUUGCGAAGGACAAUUGGACGUUAACUUUGGACACAUAUAUCCAUCUAUGUGGUCGAGUGGGCCGAUUCAAAAAACCUGGCAAGGUCAUUACGGUUGUAGACGAGAGAGAUGUAUCGGGCAUUGACAAAGUACUACAUACACUGGAUGUAACUCCUGUACGGCUGAACCUGCUUAGUUAGGAUUAUGUAUAAAUUCAAGAUUACGUUCGAAGGCUUGACAGUCGUAAUGUACAUGUGGCGCCAUCGCAUUAAGAAUUUCCAAUAAGAUAAGAUCGCAUAAUGUUAUGUCCUUUACAUCCAUCGUCUACGUUCG